AUCUAAUCCCAGGCUAACUUUGUCAACUCAUUGCUGACAAAGUUGUCUUUGGUAGGAUCCUAUUACAGCAGACACAUUGCUUGCUUUCCCAGUUCGGAUCUUACAUUUACAAGAGACAACUAGUCACGUAUCUCUCAGAUAUUCCCAACAUCAUGAAUUUUCUUGGGGUGAAGAUUCUUUUGUCCUGUGUUUUUCUGAUAUACGUCAACGUGGAAGCGGCUCCAUCGCCACAGUUCCAUUGUCAGCCUCUGGCUCACAUCGAGGCCAAAAGGAAACUUGUGACUCCCUAUGGCGUUGGGCAAGUAAUUACAGACUGGGACGUGGACGACGCGCACAGCCGUCUCGAGGACGGCAUGAAAUACAGUAAUGGACGUCUGAUUGUGCCUCAAGAUGGAGAGUAUUAUGUCUACGCACAACUGUACUUUCGCAGCGGCGGGAGAGUGGAAGUUCGCAAGAAUCACCGCGAAAUUAUCACCAUGGUUCAACAUCCCUACAACGUACCAGAAGGACCCCACUAUGCAGGGGGAGCGUUUUAUUUUGAGGCUAAUGACACCAUAGAAUUACUAACCGCGACACCUGUCACACUUUUCAUGGCGACUGCUCCCUCUUACUUUGGAGCGUUCCUGAUUGAGUGAGCUUCACCGCAAAAAGCGCGUAAAGCCUUGAAGGAAAUUGUAACACGAUAUCAAU